UCAACACCCCCUCUGUUUUAUUCUUGAAGCGAACUCUGCUUCACAACACGCGCCGAAUGCUACUGGCGGAUCAGAAAUUUGUUGAAGAAGAUGGUGGCAGCGAGGGCGGCGAUGUCUGCGCUUGACAGAUAAAAGAGCUGUUUUCUGCAACAGCAGCCGCAACUCGCCGCAGUUCUGCCAGGGCAGAGUAAACCAGACACGAGCUGGCAACAGGGAGGGAACCCCCGGGGAUAAAAAAGGAAGAGGACGCAACGCAGUAGGACACUUUUGAUGUUGUAACCAGGCACAUGUGGGAUAUAAACGAAAAAAACCCGGACCUGUCCAAAAUUAAGGAAUUCGUACAAACUGCGGAAUCGCGCCCUCGUGCACACAGUUUAAUUAAAUUAAAACGGCAAGACCGGGGAGACCCGUUUUCAAGGGAUUUCGAAUCCACUGGGAGCGGAGGGGAGGGAAGACGAGCAAAUUAUCUCACACUUGGGGCUCCACGAGUUUGCUGUCUAACGAAGGGAAUUGUGGCCUGACGAACUUUAAAUGCGAGUGCGGAGCCAUAAUGGAUUUACCUCCAUUCUAUUCGCACUUGUUUCCUGAAUAUCUCAUGUCACGGAUGGUUGAUUUUUUAAAAAAGUUUCUGGUCGUUACCACGCCUUCAUAUGAGGAUUAAAACGGACUGAAAGGUUUUAAUGGACGUUUCGAUAGUUUGCUUGUUGGCUGGUUUACAUGGACCGAUUGGUCUAAUAAUCUUUAAGGCAAUAUUGAUUUAACCAGCUGGGUGGCCUUUCAGUCUUAAGUAAAUAUUGAAAAGUGUGAUCCCAGCUUGGUGCAUGUGUUAGCAAUCUGGAAACGGGACUGCAGUGUUUUAAUUUUUUUUUUGUUCGCUGCUCCAGCGACAUGUUUUUAAUGUAUAUCAUAUUUCUCCAUGUUACGGACUCCACAAGCCCUUAGGAACCCAAUGAUAUCACCGACCGAGAUCCGGACUAUGAGCUCAGGAAAGGACGGGGCUCGUUACGGGGAAUAGGCCCGCUUGUUGAAUUGGGCAACGGUGUGGGUUAUCGGUCUUCUAGCUGAGUGCGUUAAAAACAGUAGCCUACUGCGUUUUUGACCCGUUCGGGAGUGUUCUGCAGUCUGUUUUAGAAGUAAGGGCAUACAUUAAAGAUAAGAUGUCUUUUUUCAACUCAGGACCCAACUAAUGCUUGGAAAGAAGAAACAUUUUUUCAAGGCUGUGGAAAGUGGGAGAGUUGUUUUUCCGAUUGUGUGAGCUGUUAUGACACAAUGUAGUCCAUUAGUAUAUCGCAAUUUAGCUGGCUACAAUAGGAUUUUUUGCGUUGCAAAAAUAAUCCUGAAAUGACAGUCCUGACGAAAGCAGUCUGAAAUACACUCAAACACACACGCGCGCGCGCACACACAGGAGUUGUUAAGUAGCUGAGCGUUGAUCGGGAAGUCUGGGAUCGGGGAAAUAUGAGACGCCGAUGCACUUUGUCUUCGGAUUUUGAUGUCAAAGUUUGUAAAGGAAACCUCUGUCAGCAUCGCGAAGGUAGGGGGCUAAGUUGGAAGGAGUGGACUGGCCGCGCUGCCACCCGGUGGCGGCGUCAAAACAGAGCUCCGUAGCUCCGUACAGAGCCGUGGGCCGAGGUGACAAGAGAGUCAUUAAUAAUAUUUUGUUUCGACAAAUCAUUUCAGAAAAUGUUGUUUAAAUAUUUUAAGCUAAAAAUAAAUACACAGUCGGGGAAUGUUUCGUUUACGGGAAGGAGUGACGGGGUUGGACCUCAUUCCAGGGAACUUGAAGGCUCAAGUGCUUCGGAACAGUGGAAUAUAUAAAGAGAGAUGGACUGACGUAAUUAUGAGAUCGGAUAACGAACUACUCGAAUUUUUGGAACUUCAAUAAUGACUGUACCGUUUGCGAUGAAGUUCUUUUUUUCUUAAGCUCGUUUUUUUGUUUGCCCACACGUGUUUGUUCAUUCGCCCAGGUUUUCCAUUCGUGGAAUAAAAGUACACCGAGUUCAAGUCACUUUUUGUGAUCGCCGGCCAGUAGCUGUCAUAGCUAACCAGCCUUCGGGCGUCAACAUUAUUUUCUGUGGCACGUUAGCAUGGCUUCGCAGUCGCCGCAACACGAGCAGCUUCUGCAGCACGGCACAGAGGUCAGCUGCGACUCCAGCGGGGACGGCGCCGUGUCCGUGCGGAUUAAUAAUAGCCACAAGCCGCUCAAACACCUGCAGCCGCAGCCUCAGCCGCAUGGAUCAGAGGCUCCCGGCUGCGGUGGCCGCGCGAAGCCCUGCAAGUACAGCAUUUCCUCUAGCUGCAGCUCGGCGGAGUCGGGUUUGCCGAGGACGGCGGCAGCGGGUUUGUGCGGCCGGAGGAGGGUGCCCCAGCUAUUCGAGAGGUCGGCCGGGCUGUGGUGGAACCCGCGCUUCGACUCGUCCAUCCUGGAAAAGGAGUGCCGCGAGCGGUUCUUCCCCCAGACCCGCCGGCGCUUCCGCUACGUGCUCUUCUACCUGGCCACCGCCGCUGUCCUUUGGGGCGUGUACUUCGCCGUCAACGGAGCCAGGUGCGACCCCGUCACCUUCCUGGUUCCCACCGCCGCCUUCCUCCUGGCCUGCCUCCUCCUCUUCCUCUUCACCUUCACGCGGCUGUAUGGCCGUUUCUACACCCAGGCCUCGCUGCUGCUCAUCGUGGUGACCUUUGCCAUCACACUGGCACCCCAGGCACAGAAGCCCGUGCUCCCGCACCCCAAACUGGACCUCAACGUCUCGCCGGAGGGCGCCUUCGAUUGGGUGCCCUGUAUUUCCCCAGUGGGCACCUUCUCCCUGUGCAUGGAGGUGCUUCUGCUGCUGUACAGCGUGCUGCACGUGCGUCUGUACGCCGCUGUGCUGCUGGGUGUGCUUUACUCCCUGCUCUUCGAGGUGCUGGGCUGGCUGUUCCUCCCCCUGGCCAGCAGGGGGAGCAGUAGCAGCGAACGCCCAGAGGACCUGGCCUGGCUGCUUCCUGCCAAGGCCCUGCUGCACCUGUGCGCCCACGCCAUCGGCGUGCAGCUGUUUGUCAUGUCGGAGGCGCGUUCCCGCACCACCUUCCUGAAGGUGGGCCAGGCCAUCAUGCACGGGAAGGACCUGGAGGUGGAGAAGGCGCUGAAGGAGCGCAUGAUCCACUCCGUCAUGCCGCGCCGCGUGGCUGAUGAGCUCAUGAAGCAGGGCGACGAGGAGGGCGAGGCCUCCGGGAAGCGCUACUCCUCCAGCUCGACUCGCGGCGGUGCGUCCUCCGCCUCCGGAGCAGGCGGGGCUGGCGCCUCUGCCUCCUCCAGCCCCAAGGGCCACAAGAGGAAGAAGACCUCCAUCCCCCGGGCGCAGAUCAUCUUCCGGCCCUUCAACAUGAAGCGCAUGGAGCCGGUCAGCAUCCUGUUCGCCGACAUCGUGGGCUUCACCAAGAUGAGCGCCAACAAGUCGGCGCACGCCCUGGUGGGGCUCCUCAACGACCUCUUCGGCCGCUUCGACCAGCUGUGCGAGCUGACGCGCUGCGAGAAGAUCAGCACGCUGGGCGACUGCUACUACUGCGUGGCGGGCUGCCCCGAGCCCCGCCCGGACCACGCCUACUGCUGCGUGGAGAUGGGCCUGGGCAUGAUCCAGGCCAUCGAGCAGUUCUGCCAGGAGAAGCGGGAGAUGGUGGACAUGCGCGUGGGCGUGCACACGGGCACCGUGCUCUGCGGCAUCCUGGGAAUGAAGCGCUUCAAGUUCGACGUCUGGUCCAACGACGUCAACCUGGCCAACCUGAUGGAGCAGCUGGGCGUGGCCGGGAAGGUGCACCUGUCUCAGGCCACUGCCGCAUUCCUCGAUGACCGUUACCAGCGGGAGGACGGGCAGGUGACGGAGAGGGUGGGGCGGAGCGUGGUGGCCGAGCAGCUGAAAGGCAUGAAGACGUACCUGAUCUCUGGCCGGAAGCUGGAUAAGUCGCAGUGCAGCUGCUCUCAGCUUGGCCUGGCUGGGCAUGGCCAGGGUGAUGCGCUAAGCCCCGCCUCCCACUCACACACUCCUGAUGUCACUGGCCGGGACUCUGUCCCACAAGCCCACACCGGCCACACCCCCCCAGCUGCAGAAGAGGCCCGUUACACUCUUGCUGACCAAGCCAAGUCUUCGUGUCCCUCGUGUAGUGUGCUGGUGCAGGUGGAGGGUCAGACCCUGGAGGAGGGGGCGGUGCAGAACGGCUGUCAGGACGAGCACAAGACCAACAGCAGCAAGGUCCGGAGCCACGCCCCCAAAGCGCUGAACGGGCUGCUGAGCCUCCCGGAGGAGCCCGUGAGCAGCAGCCAGACCUCGCUGUGCGAGAUGCUGCAGGAGACCCAGAAGAAGUGGGCGGGGCCCGGCGCCAUGGAUCACUCCGCCCUCAUCCCGCUGCGCUCCAAGAGCUUCCGCGAGAGGAGCAACGCCCACUUUGUGGAGGUCAUCAAGGAGGACAGUCUGAUGAAGGAUUACUUCUUCAGGCCUCCCAUCAACAAGCUAAGCCUCAACUUCCUGGAGCGGUCUCUGGAGUCUGCAUACAGGACCAGCUACCAGGAAGAGAUGUACUCUCGCGCUCCGGUGCAGACCUUUGCCACUCCGCGGUUCAGCUCCUUCCUGGACAUGCUGCUGUCGUGCGCCGUCUUCCUGGCGCUCACGCUGGCCUGCUUCCUGCGUCCCUGGAUGAGCGGGGACACGCCCCCCACGCCUGCCCUCGCCUUCGCCAUCGGCGCCGCCCUGCUGGAGGGCGUCGCACUCGUCUUGUCCAUACGUAUGGCGUUUUACCUGGACAGUGUGCUGAACUGUACUCAGAGGCUGCUCAGGGCCAUCUCUGGCUGGGUCCCCCGUCAUGUGAUCGGGGCCGUGCUGGUGUCCCUGCCUGCAGUGUCCGUAUUCACACACUUCCCCUGUGACUCUCACCUGUCCGUACAGUUCACCAUGUUUAUCUGCUGUGCCGUCAUCAUCGCCAUCAUCCAGUACUCCAACUUCUGCCAGCUCAGCUCCUGGAUGCGCUCUGUCCUGGCCACUGUGGCGGGAGUCGCCCUGCUCGUCCUGCUCUACAGCCCCCUCUGCAGGCCCAGUUACCAGGAUUUAAGGUCCAGUGAUUUCACCGGGAACAUCAGUGACCCGGGGUCAACCCCAGAACCGGACGCGGGCUCGGAGGCGGGGCUACAGGCUCAGCUGCGCCCCGAGGCCAUCCUGGCGUUCUUCCUGGUGCUCCUCCUCCUGUGGUUCCUGAACCGCGAGCUGGAGGUCAGCUACCGGCUGCAUUACCACGGCAACGUGGAGGCGGACAAGCACCGCAUCAAGAUCCAGAACAUGCGGGACCAGGCCAACUGGCUGCUGGGAAACCUCAUCCCCAUGCACGUGGCCGAGCAGCUGAAGGUGACGCAGAGCUACUCCAAGAACCACGACGACGCCGGCGUCAUCUUCGCCAGCAUCGUCAACUUCAGCGAGUUCUACGAGGAGAGCUACGAGGGCGGCAAGGAGUGCUACCGUGUGCUCAACGAGCUCAUCGGCGACUUCGACGAGCUCCUGCGCCGGCCCGCCUUCCAGAACAUCGAGAAGAUCAAGACCAUCGGCGCCACCUACAUGGCGGCGUCCGGGCUGAACGCCCAGCAGUGCGCGGGGGACCCCGCCCGGCCGCACGGGCACCUGCGCGCCCUCUUCGACUUCGCCCUGGAGAUGAUGCGCGUGAUGGACGACUUCAACAAGAACAUGCUGGGCUUCCAGUUCAAGCUGCGCAUCGGCUUCAACCACGGCCCGCUGACGGCCGGCGUCAUCGGCACCACCAAGCUGCUGUACGACAUCUGGGGCGACACGGUGAACAUUGCCAGCCGCAUGGACAGCACCGGCGUGGAGUGCCGCGUGCAGGUGAGCGAGGAGAGCCACCGCGCGCUCAGCGAGAUGGGCUACCGCUUCGACUACCGCGGAACCGUCAACGUCAAGGGCAAGGGCCAGAUGAGGACCUUCCUCUACCCCAAGAGCGCCGACAGCGGGCCGGCGCCCUGCCUCCGCCUGCCCGCCGCCCCCACCGAGGAGGCCAGCGACAAGGUGCGGGCUGGCUCCUCCCCUGGGACCGUCCCCAGCCGCAGCCCCACCCCCACCCCCAUCCCCACCCCUGCCCCGGUCUCUGGGGAUCGAGGUGCCACACCCAAUACGGCAGAGGACCCGGAACCUGUCUCUGUCCCUUCCUUGCCUAAUAAUGUGACCCCACUCUCUAAUUUAGCCCUGCCCCAUAAUCCCGCCCCCUCCUCCAGUGCAAAACAGACCACCUCCACUGCAAGUGUCUCCCCCCUCCUGGCUGACCUUGCCCAGCCAGAGCCUCCCGGGUCUGCACCUAGGGAGGAGGAGGCGGAGGAGGAGGAGGAGGGGGAGGAGGAGGCGGAGGAGGAGGGGGAAGAGGAGGCUAAUGAGCUCACAAGACUUCGAGGGGCGGAGCGUCUAUGACACGACCCUCAGCCCAGCUCCUGUCUCACCCUCACACUCCAGCAGGGAUGGGGGUGUGUGUAGAUCUCUCAGGCUGGGGUACCUCAGGAACCCCCAUCCCACCUCCAAACGACGCCCCUUUAACAAAGCGUGCCCCAGGAUGCUGUCGGAACCACCCAGCCAACUAGUUUUGUGGGUGGAGCUUAGCUAUUGUCAUAGCCCAAUUUCUCCCCCUAGGGGAGGAGCUACAAAGACGGUGUUUGUAUCAGAAUGGGCGCUCAUUGGUGGUGAUACAGAAGGGGGUGGGGCAUAGGAGCACAUGUUCCAUUCUGUUUUUCUUUGUGUUUCCUGUUUUUUUUAAUGAAGUGCCUUCAGGAUAAACAAAGAGAACAAGAAGAAUCAUCAUCCGUUCACACACGGAGGUUGAGGGGGAAAAAAGCAACUGUAACUUAACGAAAUGAAAAAGGCUGAAACAAAAAGGAUAGCAUGGCUUUUUACAGUGUAGGCUAUAGCCAUGGAAAAUGCUGUGGUUCAUAUCAUAAGGGUUUUUUUUUCUUUUGGCGGCUGCAGUUCUUAUAAGCAUUACUCCUUUGUUGUAAAUCAUUGUCAGUUUUUGGAUUAGAGCAGCCAUGCCCACUAUACUCUGGUCUGGGAAGUGCCUGUCGUGAAUCGUGGAUAACAUGAGGGAAUUGUGGGUGGAAUGAGGGAAUUGUGAGUCGAUGAGGGAAUUUCAUAUGGGCUUGAGGGGUGGUUGCCAUACGUGGGUGUGACAGGAUCUUGGUAAAGGGAGGAGCUUUAGUUCACAUUGUGUGUGUGUGUGUGUGUGUCUAAAGUGUGUUUGAGGGUGGUGCACUGAGGACUGAUCAAGGGGGUGGAAAGAAAGCACAUAUUACGCACAAUUUUUCUCCAAAAUCUUUAAACGGAAUGAUGGUUCUCCGGCUAGUCUUCAAUGCAAUGACACAUCUGAUGCGUGAAUGAAUAAGAAUCACAGAGGGAAGAGGGCUGGUGCUGUCUCUGCACUUGCGUGUCCGGUUGCGUAAAUAUUUGUGUGUGCGCGCGUGUGCGUGCGUGUGUUUUGUGUGUUGGCAUGCCUUUGUGUGUGUACGGUGUAUGCUAAAACCAGCAGGGGGACACUCCAGCACCUCAGAGCUAUGAACUGUGCAGGGGGAAAGUGGCAUACAUAGAGGAUAAGUGACAGACUGUAUGAUUUUUCUUUGUUAUGGUUGUGGUUGUGGUUGCGGUGGUCAUUAUUAAGUGCAGUGAAGAUCUCUGGCAGGUGGACAUGCCUGGCCCUGAAGCCUCGGCCUCAGAGCAGAGAGCUGAGAUGUCCGCCUCGUCUCGGCCUGACUCUGGUCUCGCUUGGGUCUUCUCUGGGGCUCCUGGACGUCUCACCCUGGCCUCGCCCUGAUCUUAGCCUGAUAUCUCCCAGGUAUUCCGCAGGACUUGGAUCUAACCGAUAUGCUUACAAGUCCUUUAAAUCUCAUAAGGGGCCCCAGUGUAGGAAAGGCCAUAGACUGUAGCAGCCUACCGGUGCUGCUGUAGCUGGAGGUUUGGGGGGAGCAGUCUGCUUUGGUUCUUUACAUUUCCAUUGUGGGGCUCUGGUACGGAUGAUAAAUCCCAAAAUGUAUAUUUUCCAUGAUGACCUUUACUUCCACCUAAGACACAGCUCAAAGCACCUAUCAAAUACCAGCACGCUUUGGGGAUUCUGGAGAACCAGUCUGCAAAAAGGGAUUUUGGGUUUCUUUCGCGAAAAUCUACCUGCCAGCAGUCCAGCUGUGUUGACCUGUUGAGUGAAACUUGGGAUUCCAGUAAUGAAGAACCAUCUGGCAGAACCAGAGGCUUCAAUUUGGUCCUGUAUUCAUAAAGUGUGUUGAUGUAGGCCAGCUGAUCUAGGAUCAGUUUUGUUUUUUUAGGAUCCAAGUCUGACCCAAUCAUAGCCUCUGGUUUGCAUUUUAGUGAGGUGUUGAUGUGUACUUACAUGUGCCACUUUGAUUGAGUUGACAUCUGGGUGCAGUGCUACCCGUUUUCGUAGUCAUUUUGUGUGAUAGUUUUUAUAAUAGAUUAUAUGUAUGAUAAAUGUAUUUUUUCAGCGUGUGUUUGGUGAGGAUGAAUAUUGUGACUGUAUGGUUGAGGAGCUGUUGUGUUGAUGUGUGUGACUCCUGAAUACACUCCCAUUAGGGAGUGUGACGUGUGCUAUGAGGCCCGCUGUGUCCUGAUGUUUGAGUCAUGUGACCACGCGAGGGAGGCAUGUCCAGCGCAUCGUCACAUCCUCCACCCCCCCACCCACCCCCCACCCCCACACAAAUUUUGUUCUGAUCGCUGAAGCGGAAUUUGUUUGGAAAGUCCUUUUCACCAUUGUGUCUUAUUUAUUUGGACUCAACAUUGAUUAGUUUGACUAUAUUAAUUAGUCAUAAAAACAGUGAUAAACUUGUUCCAAUUGCUGAAAUAUUCUCCUGUGGAGUUUGAACCCAAAGAAAACUUAAAGAAGCAAGAUGGGGCUGCAGGGGUCUGCAGACUCAAUUACCCAGAAUUCACUACCGGAUCUGCUGUGCUUAAUCAGAAGCCUCACACAGAUGGCAGUCCCUGUUCUUAUUGGCUCAGUUCGAAUAGCUCCACCUCCUUUUGUGGGGCUGUCCAGUAAGUGGCAUUUAGAACCCAGUUUAUCUGCUGGCCUGCCAAACACUUCAGUCAAACUGUGGCACUUUGAAUUUGAGACAAGCUAUCAGAUUAGCCUCAGUAUUACCAGUCUGUAUUUACAGUAUUGCUAAUAAAGAGUAAUUCCUUUUAUUCCUUUGUGUAUCAUCACCCAUGUCCACUCCAAAUAGCUAUUAGUGCCUUUUGCCGGUUCAUUAUUAUUAUUAUUAUUAUUAUUAUUGAUUUAAAUUCUUGAUUCUGAUUUAUGUCAACCUGGUCUAAAUUGGUUGCUGUUGUGAGCACUCCCAGCUUUUACAUUAGUACACAUGUAUAGUAUUUAUCAGACUACCUUUCUCUUCACUCCUGUCAUGUUAACAGAUGUUUCAGCACUGUGAUUUGGAUCUGUGGUGCAGACAGAUAAAGGAAUGUUUUCUUGCUUACGUGGUGGUGUGUAUUUGUAUUGACAUUGGCAGGCAUGACCAGGGUGAUGCGUAAACUCACGCGGGCCUGAUUGGUUGAAAGGAAACCUACGCAUACAGAAUGUCUGUUUUUGAGUUGUAUAAGAAGUCAUUUGUAAGGGGGGAGAUAUUGUGGUUUAUUUUUUCUUUUUUAAGUUGCAAUAAUCACAGCUUGUGCCAUUAAUGGGGGGGGGGGGGGGCGUUGGCAUGGUUGGCAAGGCACACUGUGUGGACACGCAUCUCAUUGGACACUUCAACUUCGCUGCUAAAGGGAAUUUCCUGAUGCCAUUUCUUUAAGACCUUGUGCAAUCACUUUAAUUUCUUGCAUUUCAGAAAUGAUUGUUAAGCCACACGCUCUAAAGGGGAAAUAAGGGGAAAUUACCUUUUGAUGCAAAGUGCAUCAUUUCUAAACACCAGAGUCGGGCCUCGCUUCAAGGUCACUUCCGAUUGGGAGCUCACUAAACAGUCGCGCAGCUGAUUGGUUAAAACGGUCCACCUGAAUUGCGCAAGAAACAUGACCUUCAGAAGGCCGGUGCCAGCUCCUCCUGUGGCUGGCUGUGUAAGAUCUUAAUGUAAAAAAUGAGGAUUUUGAUUUCACAAGGGUGUUUGCUGUCCUCCUCCUCAUAAAGGGAUUGUGGUUGCCGGAUGGAGUCCCUCCCAUGUCCUGUAAAUAAUAUGAGACGUGCGCUAACAUGACAGAGCGGCUCCAGUCAGGCAGACUUGUAUGAGCUCCAUCGAGUGGACCCGCUUGGUUCCUGUGCCUUAGCCCUCACCAGACCUCAGCCUGUAUCCCAUUAGCUCUUGCAGACCUGGUGCUAGAGAAGAACAGGGGCCUUGUGGGAUGGUCUUUAAAGGACAGCUUGAUAUGAUCUUGAAGAUAAUUAAUUUUGGUCAUGUAGAACACACGUCUUUCCUGGGCUCUAAUUGGACGGCAUGUGGCUGGUUCCUUGUCAGUUUUAUCGAAUGGCAUGCCUGCUCUUUGUAUGGUGCUGCUUGGCAGUGCCCAUCAGGGAGUUUGAGCUUGAGGGUCCUGUCCUUUGGCAGUUCAAGGUGCCCGAGUUGUUCUCCAUGAGGACUCUGUGAAUGUAGUAACGGUGACGGUAUUUAGCGCUGAACGGGGAGCAUGUUCAGUUUGAGUUCAGGGUCUUCUGUCUAUGGCUGAAAAGGUACACCACCCUUUAGUUUUCAAAAACGCAACUUUGUAUUUCUGUGAUAGAGCAGGGUGAUGUCUGGAGAGUUGGAGAGCCUUAGUGCUCGGCGGAUAGUCAGAUACCCCCAGCCCUGGUAGAGCAAGCCCUGGAGAGCCUCAGUACUCUGUUUGCCUUAUCGCUGGCCAUUCCUUUGUGCCGAACACAUUAAUCACAACUUGUCAGUCAGAGUGGAAACUGAGAAUGGAGGGGGGAGGGUGGGGCAGGUUGUGUGUUGUGUGUUCAUGUAGAGUAAACCACGUUUAACAUCUGUAUGUAACAUGCUUUUGAUGUGUGGUCAGACAGACCACAUCACAUGCAAAAAACUGAAUCUGGUGAAAUGUCAAGCUUGUGUACACAUACGCAUAUACAUGCAUUAACACAUGAGUUUACCUGAUAAUCUUUUUAAAUGCUACUGGCCAAUUCUGUCACCAAAACCCCUGCUAUACACUUGUGUGCAUUGUCUUGGGAGGCCUAUUAAGCAGUGAGAAUUAAGGGAGGGUGAUUCUCCAAUGGCCUGCCAGCUUCUUGGACUCUGCCCCCAGUGCAGUGCAGAGAAGAGGUUCUGUCCAAUAAGAUUUCUGAUUUGAGUGUGGUGAGAGCAGGUGGUUGUGGAACCCUGCUUUGGCCAGCGUUCUGAGACUUGUGAAAAAUAUGCCAAAGAAUUUGAGGAUUUUAGCUGUGUUAUCUUUUUUGAUUUUUAUUACUCUUUUUCAAUCAUUAAAUGCCAUUUUUUUUCUUAUUGUUGUGCACAAUGACAAUCAUGUAUCAUUUAUCUGCACGCAAACAUUAUCUGUAUACAUUUGCACAAGGCACUCACUAUAUGUACAUAUGCAUAUAUAUUAUAUAUCAUAUAUAUGAGUUUUGUUGUUUUUUUGUUUGUUUUGUUUUGUUUAUUUAUAAAUGUGCAUGUGCCAGCAUUGACUAAGAAAGAGAACCAGCAGGGGAAGGGGUUGGAUGGGGUAGAUUUUUUGGAGAUGUUCUUGGUACAGUCAGCACUAUUUGGUUGACUUUAGAACUUCUGUGGACAAAACCUGUUGUCUAAAAAUCACUCCAUUAUGUUUGUUACAUCGCAACUUGCUACCCCCCCCCCCCCCCCCCUUUUUAUUUGUUAUCUUGUAGAUUAAGGACGAUAUUGAAAAGCACAGUGUUGUCUUUUUUGUGAGUGGUUUCCACAACAUUUGACUUUUAUGAAAUCAAUUGCUCACUGAUUGUAUUUUGAAGCACACAAGGAAAUGCCUGUGUGGAAAUGCCUUAGUUUCCCAUCUGAAUAAAGGAAGAGAGAAGGCC